AUGGCCGACGAACCUACUACGAAGGAAGUUCCCAUUACAAGUGAAAAGAAGAAGGACCCUAAGAGGGUAGAGGCCGGAAAAAGGCUAGCGAUCCUAAGUAAAGCUGCAAGGGAGAGGAAAAAGAAACUUACAGAACCUAAGGAGUCAUCCAACAACAACAUAAUCACAUAUGUAGGAGUGGCCAUCGCAUUGAUAUCCCUUGCUCUAGCAUUUGAUCAGCGUCAGAGGGAAACAAAGGAACCGGAACCUAAGUACAUCCCUGAAACUGUAGAAGUAACCAGGAAACCCGAUGCACCUAAGUUAGAUUCACUUGAGUAAUACGUUAAACAUAAUAUAUAUUAUAGCAAGAUGAGUAAAGAAUCAAAGAUGACCGCAGAAGUGUACAACGCAGUGUUACUUACAGCAGGAGCAGUCGGUAUAUCAAUGGCAUCAAAAAAACUAUUGAAAGAACCGUUAGGAACCCCGGAGAAUGUAAAAGGAAUGGUAAAGCUGGCUGUCUCAGUUUGCCUUUCAUCUCUGCUGGUCUCUUACCUGAAAGAAAAGAAGUACAUACCAGAUGAUCCAUUCAAAACCUAGGUAAAACUAUACAAUGGCGGAAGCAGUAGCAGGAGGAUUAUUUAACGCAUUCGCAUUUGCUGGAGCGGGAUAUCUAUUUAAAAUGUUUGACAAGAAUGGAUACGCUGAGGAAGCCCACAGACACAAUAUUGCGAUGGAGAACCUAACAGCUGAAAGAGAGAAGUACCUUGAAGAAGUCACCGAUAGAAGAAACAGACUUGCGCAACUUAAGGCCGAACUAAGUGAGGCAAGUAGGGAUAUUAACGCAACAAAUAAGUCAUUGGAACUUAUAAGGAGAAUCAACGAGCUAACACAUACAGCUAUGCCAAGAAAGCCGCAACUAAGUAACCACUACAACCCUAGCUUAGAGAUGGAAGAAUAUAUGGCAUUAUUCGGUUUAAUUAUGGGUGGGGUGGUUGGAGGGGCAGCUUAUUUAAUACUGUAAAAAUAUUAAUUUAAUACGGCAAUAAAUUUUUACACAUAUAUUGUAGAGAAAUGGACUGGCUUGCAAUGGUAGACGUUGACGAGGUAAUAGCCCUUGGUAAAAGGGUGGACACUACAGAGGAGUUGGAGGAUGCGGUUAAGAAAUAUGUAGAACUGAGAAUAAUAAGGAGACGUAAAAACAGACAACAAAAACAAGCAAAAUAUUUUAACACACAUAGUAUAGGGAAUGGACUGGCUGACACUGGUAACACCUGAUGAAAUGGAAAGAGUCGGUAGGAGAGCAAAAAACAUCGAGGAGCUGGAGACCGCAGUAAUGAAAUACGUGAGAGGUAAAAUGAAGGUUGUACAUACAUACGAACCGGAAUGUGUUGAAUGUGGUAGUAAGUCUAUUGUAGUAAUAGAUGGAGCAGAUGUAUGCACACAAUGUGGUACAAGUGAUAGGAAUGGCUUUACAUACUAUGUUAGUUACAACCACAACAAGGACGACUACCUGAAAAAGAAGUCUUGUCAUAAUAGAGUCCGUUGGUUUGAGAGACACUUAUUAGAGCAUGUUGCUUCAGGGGAUAGGGAUACCAUACGGGAGCAGUUUAGAAGCAUCGUAAGAUGUAUACAAAGACUUAGACUGCAAAGGGGGCGCAACAUAGUUAGAUAUAAGUUUUACCUACUGAGGAUAGCCAGCAUGAACAACAUCACGUUAAGAAACCCUCCUGAGGACAUUAAGACCAAAAGAAUUGUGGACAUCCUUGAGAAUAGGUUAUAUG